UGUCAAGUUGCGUCAAGCACAUCCAUAUUUAAGUAUUAACUUGCUGUGAUAGUGUACGAUUUAAAAGUUAAGCAAAAAUGAACGGAGACGAGAACAUUUCUGGCAUUUCCAGAUUUGGUCGAUUGAGGAAAAUAUCUACAAAAUUACGCGACUUCCCGAGCAUCGCCCAAAGAACUUCUAAGAGAAAAACUAGCUCCCAUUCGAAUCCGAAGAGUCUUGCUGGAAAAGUAAAGCCGAAAAGGAAGUCAGAACCUUUAAUCGAUCCGUUCGCUGAUUUCGAACCGGAAACAUUUAUCAACUUAUUGUCGUCUGCUGAGGACACUACAGAUACGAGUAGUAGCUCUGGUGAAAACGAUGAACAUGGAGUGAUGAGAGAUCCUUUAAGCGGAGUGGAAUUUGAGCUGCAUAAUGACAGUCAAAGAGUGUAUACACAUGGGAGAAUACGUAAAACAUUACCGCUUCAACCAACAAAGCGAUCGAGUCAACGAGUACCGAAAGUCGAUGUGGAAUCAGAAAAAUUCAACGAUUUAGGGAUGUCUGAAGACUCUACGGACACAAGCAGUAGUAAAGACGACGAAAAUGUCGCAUCAAGUGAGUUCUCAGAUAAAGUUAAAACCAGACAACGUACGGUUAAUCGAAAAACACGUGGGAAGAAACAGACUGACCAGUGCACACCAUCACGCCAACUUGAUUGCGGGCAAUCAAAAUGUAACGCAUAUUCGUUGUGGGCAAAGGAAGCUCGUUCAAAAUUGAUGGCCAACCAUCCGAGAUGGAGAAAGGCUACAGUGUCUCGCCAGCUGAGGGAAAUGUGGGAGAAAGUUCCUUCAUCGCGAAAGACUACCUUCGAACGAAAAGCGGCACUGGUCAAUUCCAACAUCAAAAUGAAUUCGUCAUCGGGCAGUGAAGACAUCUCACCACCAAUUGAAAUAAUUUGGGUGGCUUCAAAGUAUUGAAUUAUUUUACCGAAAGAAAUAUUUUCUUUUGCUAUUUUGACUUUGCCUACGGGUAUUUCUUAUUUGGUAUAACAUUCUACCCAAACAUUCUAUUCCAUGAAAAAAGCAUUAACUCAGAAAUUUCUAAGAUAAGGAACAUAAAAGUCUUUAAUUUUUCAGAACCAUUACGGUUUUUUUUAUCUAUGUGGUAUUCCUACAUAUAACUCUUGAAAUAAACAAAAAUGAAUUGAGUCAAACGACUGUAA